AUGUGGGUUGAAGCAGUUGCUACAACAACCAAUGAUUUGCAACAAGUCAUCAAAUUUCUCAAGAAGAACAUAUUCACGCGUUUUGGCGUGCCUCAAUCUUUGAUUAGUGACGAGGGCACUCAUUUUCUAAACCGGAAAAUGGAAUACCUUCUAAGGAAAUAUAAUGUGCGUCAUAGGGUGGCAACCCCAUAUCACCCAAAAACUAGUGGGCAAGUUGAAGUAUCCAACAGGCAGCUUAAGCGAAUCCUUGAAAGGAUAGUGAAUGCUUCAAGAAAGGAUUGGUCCACCGAAAACUUGAUGAUGCACUUUGGGCCUACUGAACAGUUUUUAAGACCCCUGGGUAUGUCGCCGUAUCAAAUAGUGUAUGGUAAAGCUUGUUAUUUGCUUCUUGAACUGGAGCAUCGAGCAUUUUGGACCACAAAGUACUUGAAUUUUGACUUGGUCAAGGCAGGCGAAUCGAGAAUUCUUCAACUUCACGAGUUAGAGGAGUUCCGGAAUUCCGCAUAUGUGAACACCAAGAUAUAUAAAGAAAAAACCAAGAAGUGGCAUGAUAGAAAAAUUAAAUCCAAGGAGUUCCAAGAAGGAGAACUGGUUCUUCUAUUCAACUCAAGAUUGAAGUUGUUUCCAGAGAAACUAAAGUCAAGAUGGUCGGGCCCUUUUAAAAUCAUCAAGGUUUCCAUAUGGUGCGGUGGAGUUGAAAGACACACACUCAAAUCGAAACUUCAAGGUGAAUGGAAAAAGACUCAAACCCUACUUAAGGGGAGAGUCAAAACUUUAAAUGGAGUCAAUCAAUCUAAUCCCCACUUGAAGAGUGGAAUGUCAAGCUCAAGACAUUAA